AUAAAAUCCGCCAACAAAAGAAAAGUACAGUUGAUAAUUUUGUAAUUAUCCAAAACAACAGUUUUUAGAAAUAAUAUUCUUGCAAUAUUCGCCGGCAAAAUUUCGAAUGCACCUGCCCGUCAAAUCCCGGGCAUUUCUUCAUCUGCAGUUGCCGGCGAUCUCGUGUUUUUUUUUUUUCAGGCGAGCGCUUAAUAAUUAGCGUUAUCGACUGAUAAAUCCUUCUCUCUGCCUGCAAUUUCGGCGCGACGAAUGUCUGUAUAGCGUUACAGGUUCUGCGAAAUCUCUUCGUUUUUGAAUCGGUCGCAAAUUCACGGCUGUAAAGGUUUAAAAUUUCCGAUUUCUAGUAACAAUGAACGGAGCCAUGGUUAAUGGCGAGGCUGCACAGAAGCCAGCGGCUGCAACUAGGAACUUUUCUGUGUACAGUGAAGUCCAGUCGAGCCGAUUGGAUCAUCAGCUGCCUCUCCCUAGCGUGUUAAAGGGAGCUUUUGAGCUCGUUAAUGGGCCUGCUUCGUCAGCAGCUGGCAAUCCAGAGGAGAUUGCUAAGCUAUUCCCAAAGCUGUAUGGACAACCAUCAGUUCUUCUUGUGCCAAGUGACAAACCAGCUUUGAGAUCAGAUCAGUCGUUGAAGAUUGGUGUUGUGCUUUCUGGUGGUCAGGCUCCUGGUGGUCACAAUGUCAUUGCAGGAUUGUUUGACUAUGUGCAAAAUAAUACUAAGGACAGCACCUUCUUUGGAUUCAAGGGUGGUCCGGCAGGAAUCAUGAAAUGUAAAUAUGUUGAACUUACAAAAGAGUUUGUCUAUCCAUAUCGCAAUCAGGGUGGAUUUGAUAUGAUUUGUAGUGGUCGUGACAAAAUUGAGACUCCUGAACAGUUUAAACAAGCAGAGGAGACAGCACUGAAGCUUGGUUUAGAUGGCCUCGUUGUCAUUGGUGGUGAUGAUUCAAAUACAAAUGCAUGCCUUCUUGCAGAACAUUUCAGAGCAAAAAAUAUAAGAACACAGGUACUUGGUUGUCCGAAGACAAUUGAUGGUGAUCUUAAGUGCAAGGAAGUUCCAACAAGUUUUGGAUUUGACACAGCUUGUAAGAUUUAUGCAGAGAUGAUCGGGAAUGUGAUGGUUGACGCACGAUCAACUGGAAAAUAUUAUCACUUUGUGAGGCUUAUGGGCCGUGCUGCUUCACACAUUACUUUGGAAUGUGCCUUGCAAACGCAUCCCAAUAUUACAAUUAUUGGCGAGGAGGUAGCCAUGAAAAAGCAAACACUUAAAAAUGUCACGGAUUAUAUUACAGAUAUCAUUUGUAAACGUGCUGAAUAUGGCUACAAUUAUGGUGUAAUACUCAUACCAGAAGGGCUUAUUGACUUCAUUCCAGAGGUACAACAAUUAAUAGCCGAGUUGAAUGAGAUUCUUGCUCAUGAUGUUGUAGAUGAGGGUGGCCUUUGGAAACAAAAAUUGCAACCUCAAUCUUGUAUUCUUUUUGAAUUUUUACCUCAAAGUAUGCAAGAGCAAUUGAUGUUAGAAAGAGAUCCCCAUGGAAAUGUACAGGUGGCAAAGAUAGAGACUGAAAAAAUGCUUAUAUCUAUGGUUGAAACUGAAUUGGAAAAACGAAAAGAACAAGGAACCUAUGCUGGCCACUUUAAAGGGCAGUCACAUUUCUUUGGCUAUGAAGGAAGGUGUGGACUUCCAACAAAUUUUGAUUCAACAUAUUGCUAUGCUCUCGGCUAUGCUGCAGGUGUACUCCUUCAUGCUGGAAAGACAGGCCUUAUUGCUUCGGUUGGCAAUUUGGCAGCACCAGCAGAGGAGUGGACAGUUGGUGGGACAGCUCUUACGCAUCUUAUGGAUGUUGAAAGACGGAAAGGAAAAUUUAAGCCUGUUAUUAAGAAAGCUAUGGUGGAGCUAGAUGGAGCACCAUUUAAGAAGUUUGCUUCUGUGCGGGAGGAGUGGGCUUUGAAGAACAAAUAUAACAGUCCAGGUCCUAUUCAGUUUCAUGGCCCUACUGCUGACGUGAGCAACUACACGUUACUGUUGGAACUCGGAGCCAUAGCAUGAUUGGAUGUUGAGAAUUGAAGCCAAAUUGCUAAAUUUUUAAGUUUCUACGAUGUUUACUCUUGAUCAUUUUCUUGUUUCCUAAUGGCAAGAAUUUCAUUGAUAGUGUCGUGUGCUGCCAACACACAGCCAAGUCAGAAAGUCUAUCUUACAGGGAGUUGAGACCUUAUUGCUAAAAUUGUUAGGUUUUACAAUGAUGACACUCCAUUGGGGCUUGCUUUUACCAGUCCAAAAGAAUAAUUUUCUGAUAGCAAGGGCAUCCCUGAGCAUCAUGGUUGCUGACAGUGCAUGCUUUAAUAACAAGCUGCGUCAACUAGCAGUGAGCUUCUUUUUUCUUGAACAUGCUUUCCUUUAUUCGAUGUUUUAUGAGUGUUGAAGUAGAUGCUCAAGAAUUUUUAUGGCUUGUUUACGUUGCAUUUCUUCACAUUAAUAAUCAAAUAUUAACAGAGCACAGUGGUGGUAUUUGAAAAAUGAUGUUCAUAUCAAAUAAGAAUCUUAUAUGUUAUUUCA